UAUAUGCUAAUAAGAAUUUUCAUCAAUGAGUACCGGUACAUAUUAUUAUGGUCUUUGCUGUCAUCGUAGCAAAAUCGUAGUGUGAGUCUAUAAUCUAUCUAACAAAGCUUUCGCUUCUAGACACCAGAAACAGCCGUGUGUUUGUGAAACUCAGAUCGUUGUAAGAUGCCGAUCCCUGAAGCUCAAGAGGUGUUGAAUUACUGGUUCGGAGGACCCGAGAGAGACCCCUCUAAGAGGGCGAAGUGGUUUGGCGGGGGUGAGGCGGGCGAUAGAGAGGUCAAGGAUAAGUUUGGCGAUUUGGUGGAAAAGGCACGAAAUGAUGAGCUAAAACACUGGGAAGAAGAUGCUGAUGCAACCCUGGCUCUGAUAAUCCUACAGGACCAGUUUUGCCGCAGCAUUUACAGGGGGACUUCAAAGGCAUUUGACAGAGACCCUUACUGCGUGAAGCUCGCUGAGAAGUUCCUAGAAAAGAAGACACAUGACCAUGAAAAGUACCAGCCUACCGAGCGAUUCUUUAUGUAUCUGCCGUUUGAGCAUGCAGAGGACAAAGACCUUCAGGCACGUUCUGUUCAUCUGUUCGAGAAACUUCUGGAAGAUGCUAAAUCAACGCCUGACGCGAAAUCAGCAGAGUUUUGGUUUGACUUUGCUUCAAAACACAAGUUUGUAGUUGACAAGUUUGGUCGUUUCCCGGCGCGCAACAAGGCUAUAGGCAGAGAAAACACACCAGAGGAGCAAGAGUUCCUGGACAACCCUCCACCUGGGUACAAGUGGUGAUAACCCUUCCUGGAAAUGGCACUUCUUCGAGCCAGGACAAGGACUGGAAAAUUACGCCUGGUAUGCACACACGUGCCUGAGAUGGCAUAGAAACACAACUUGCAGCUGCACGAGUAUACAAUCCGGAAUAAAAUAAAAUAAAGACUCAAUCGCAAUA